ACCGUCGAAACCUCACUAGAGAUACCUCGACGCCGACAACAACACCGAAAAAUGAAGGGAUACGUACGCGCCAUUCUGGCCAUUUUCAUCGUCAGCUGCCUGGCUAUUGCCGUGCAGGCUGCUGCGAUCGCACCCGCUGCACCCCGCGCUGCCCCGGUUACGAAGCUCGCUGGGAAGAUUUGCAACGUUUUGGACUUUGGCGGAAAGGCCGACAACAAAACCGACCUCGGCCCCGCCCUCCUCGCCGCGUACAAGCAAUGCAUCGCCACCAACCCGGGCAGCACCUCCACCCGGCGCCCCAAGCUCAUCGUCCCCAAGGGCUCCUACAUCCUCAAAACCAACGUCCUCUUCAAACACCCCACCCCCUUCGUCUUCCAACUCGACGGCGGCAUCUUCAUCCCCUUCAUCCCGACCCUCGGCGGCACGCUCAUCCAGUUCCAAUCCUGCCAACGCAUCACCUUCUCUGGCACCGGCUACAUCGACGGGAACGGCACCCCGUGGCGGCCGGACGUGGCGCAUCUGAAUAGGUACCCGGGCCGACCGCGGCUGCUGCGGUUCCAGGACUGUGAUCGGUGCAAGAUCAGCGGGGUGUCGUUGAUCAAUUCGCCCAAGUUCCAUCUGACGGUGAACGGGAAUGAUAAUGAGAUUUCGGAUAUGAGGGUGGUGAGCGAUGUGUUGGGCGAGACGGAUGCGUUUGAUGUCUCCGGGAACAACAAUUAUGUGCAUGAUGUGUUUGUGAGGAAUGGGGAUGAGUGCGUUACCGUCAAGACUCCGACCACGAACUUUAGGGCGGAGAAUAUUGUGUGUGAGUCGACUGCUGGAUGCAACAUUGGGUCGUUUGGACGGGACUCGGGGACCAAUGUCCAAAUCGAUGGAGUGUCCUACAAGAACGUCACGAUCUACGGCGGCGCCAAAGCCGGAAUCCUCCUAAAGUCCUACCCCAUCUCUAAAGGCUACGUCCGUAACCUCCACUACGAAAACAUCAAGCUCACCGACGCCGCCUACCCCAUCUCCUUCAACACCUUCUGGUGCGUCCCCGGGCCCUGCAUGGCCGACCGGGGCAACCUGCGUGUCUCCAACGUCACCUUCACCAACGUCAAGAUCGAUGGGAAGACCAACAAGCCGCGCCCGAUGAUCCAGCUUAACUGCCUCCCUGGGGCUGGGGCGGGCUGCCAUGAUGUCAAGAUUACAAAGUUGGAUGCGAGCAGGGCGACGGGUUACAAGCCGAAUGUGGUCCGCAAUACUUACAAUCUGCAGAUUGAAAAGAGUCUUGUGAGGUCGGAGUAUGAUAACUGAGGAUGGGGCGGGAGCUGGCCUCCGUCGUGCUACUCAGAUCCCACAUAUUUUCAUCCUUCCGUUUGUAGAGUAGAUACCACCAGAGGCGAUCUAGAGUAGAUCUUUCUUACAUAUGUAACAAUUCACAUCCCAUAGGUCCCUACAUCGUCAAGUACAUAUACAUAGCAGCCCAGAGACACCUUCCUGCAUCCCACCUCAAAACUGCGCACGAAUAAAUCAUGCCCACGAAUCACGUGACGCGUCCCAAAUGAGUUGUCGAAGUUUUGACUUCCAAGCAACCUUUUCGCACCCCGUAACUCCCGU